AGAACAAUCGUUAUAAGCAGCAUAAUUUAUCGACUCAAACUUAGAAAACCAAGCGGAGAUAAGGAAUAUUUUCAUUAAUGCUUCGAAAGUCCGACAGUCGUGUGUAUACGUUUAUAUUUGAAACAGGUAUUUUAUUGUUUCGUGCAUUGAUAGUGAUAUAAUAUUGAUUCCCGUGGUUCCAGUGAGUCAUCCAGCUUGUCGUUGUUUUCCAUUCUGAGGGCACGCAUUUCUCCCAUAAGAUGGUUCAUUUGGUUUGAUAGGACUUUUACCUGGUUCGGGGUUCGUUGGCUUCUUCUAAAAUUCUCGAAUAAACACGGCAAAUCCAUUUCAUAAUGACGGUACGAGGAAGUCAAUUAUACCUACAAGACAUGUUUGAUGAACCCGCUGAUCCUGCUGAUGAGGUGAGCGAGAUCGCGGAAUUCUUCGCGGGAUGCAACGUCCUUGUCACGGGAGGAUCCGGAUUUUUGGGGGAACUGUUGAUAGAAAAAUUAUUACGAUCAUGUACUGGCAUCAAGAAUUUGUACAUGCUCCUGAGAUCGAAGAAAGGAAAGUCUCCGGAAGUGCGGUUUAAGGAACUGUUCGAUAAUGUCCUGUUCGACAGGCUGAAGAAGGAGCAGCCCAACUUUGUACAAAAAGUGAUCAUAGUGGAGGGUGACGUCGGAGAAGAAUCUUUGGGGCUGUCCGAGGAAAACAGGGAACUUCUACUAAAUUCCAACAUCAUAUUUCACGGGGCAGCCACUGUUCGUUUCGACGAGAAGAUUCGUUUAGCCACGAACAUCAAUGUCAGGGGAACUAAGCAGCUCCUGUUGCUCGCCAGAGAGAUGCAGAAUCUCAAGGCAUUUGUUCACAUAUCGACGGCGUUUUCCCAAUGCGUCGUGAAAUUCAUCGACGAGAUCUACUAUAAACCACCGAUAGAAGGGGAUAAGCUCUUGACUCUGCUCGACGUCCUGGAUGAUGACGUACUCGAUCAUAUGACGCCUGCCCUCCUUGGCAAGUGGCCCAACACGUAUGCCUUUACAAAAGCCGUGGCAGAAGAUACCGUGCGACGUUACGGCAAGGGGUUGCCCGUCUGUAUAGUCAGACCGUCGAUAAUAAUUUCAACAUCCAAAGAGCCGAUUUCUGGAUGGAUCAACAAUAUCAACGGAGCAACGGCAGUCAGCGUGGGUGCAGGAGUCGGCUUACUUAGAACUAUCCACUGUGACAAGGACAAAGUGGCCGACAUCAUCCCCGGAGACUACGUCAUUAACAAUAUCAUCGCCGCGGCAUGGGGCGCCGGAAGGGCUGAGGACAUCAACCUGAACAUUGAUACCCUCUCCGAGUUAAAUGAAGAAAAGACAGACGAACCGCCGAUUUAUAAUGUGGUGUCGUCUUGUCAAGCUCCCAUCACGUGGGACGAAUAUAUGAACAAAAACAAGUUUUACUGUAAGCGUAUUCCCAGUAUGAAGUACCUAUGGUAUUUCGGUUUCACGUUUCAUAAGAAUCUGUGGAUGCACAAAAUCUACAUCCUCUUUCUUCAUCUAAUACCGGCUCUCAUAGUCGACAGUUUAGCAUACGUCAGUGGCCGAAAGCCAAUAUUGUGGAAUACGUACAAAAAAAUUCACAAACUUAUCGCAGUCGUCUCGUAUUUUACCACCCAGCAGUGGACAUUUCGCAACAGAAGAGUUCAAAAGUUAUGGGAACGGCUUCGUCCUGCCGACCGGAAAAAGUUUUUCUUUUCCAUUGAAGAAAUCAAUUGGGAUGAGUACUGGUGUCCUUACGUCCGUGGUAUUAGAUUGCAUAUUUUGAAAGACCCCCUGGAUACUUUGGACAUGGCCCGAAUUAAGUACAGAAAGUUGACAAUCGCCCACUACACGAUAUCGACAGUCGCAGUUCUUUUAUUGGCCUGGGCCCUUAUAGCGAUUGUGCGCUGUGUCACAGGCUGGUAACAACAAAUGAAGAUGCAUUUCUUUUUUUUUUGAUUGAGAUAUCAGUUCACGUCGAUCGUUGCGUAUGUGUCAUUAUGCAUACACCUAAAUUCGAGAUCAUUAAACCCUUUACGGAUCGUUAUCGGUGAUAACAGGAAAUUAAUAUCUGUGUGUUGCGUCAUGUGUUAUGUCAAUGUUAAUGUUAACCUUUAAAAUAUUAUAUUUUCAUUGUCUACCUGCAUUAAUUUGCAUUAUAUGGCUAACGGUAAACGAUGCGAAGUAUAUGAUAAAAUUCUUA